AUGAUCUCACCGUCCCGGCUCCUCGUCCUCGUGGCAUGUUCUGUGCUGCUGGUUCUGCUCUCGGCCGGAAAGAUGGAGCAGCCUGCGAGGCGGCUCCUCGACUCUCAGAGCCUUGCAGAAAGCGCCCUUGCUCAGGCCAAAAGGGCCGUGACCUUCCUCCCGGCUGUUCCAAAUCUGGUCACUCCGGCGACUUUGGCUUGGCACUUGCUGAUCGAAGUUUUGCUCUUCCUCGCCAUCGGGGUUGCAAGUACGCUGCUGUUCGCCCUUCUUUGGGGUGGGAUGCUUUUUUGUCUGUCGGCAGGAUGUCGAUGCCGCUGGGAGUCAUACGAUCCUGUCACUAAAGUCGUUCUGGUGCUGAGUGGGCUCUCAGCUCUCGUGGCUGCAGCGCUCGCAUUGCCUUGGGCCGCAGCGAAGAUGAACAUCUCCUUGUUGAAGGAUUGGAGACGGCUGGAAAGCUGCAUGCAUUUGUUCGACCGGCCUGAGCACGCGCUUCCCUUGCACCCCGGGAGCCAGCUUAGCAAAAGUGAGCAGGAGCAGAGGUUUGACUACUACGUGUCAUCGAUCCUGUGGCUAAUCUUCGUCUCCUAUCUGUUCGGGGAGCUGCUAUCGUGUCUGGGGAGGGAGGGCCGCAGGCUCACCGCCUGGAUGCGGUCAGAAAGCUUCACGCCACUGCCGGUUCAUGAGCCCCGAAACGAAGAUGACGUAAGUUGUCAACUCUUCUGUUGGCACCGCGUUUUCUGGCAUGUGGUCCUGCACAUCUUCUGUGCCACCAUGGCAUUGUUAUCUUUAGCCACAGGUCGCCUGGAUGCCAAUGACGGCCUCUGCUGGGAGGUCUACGAGUUCUGGGUGCUGAUUAUGCUGCCGAUCUACGUUCUCCAAGCCGUUGGCCUUGUGCUCUGCCUUCCCAGCGAUUGUGAGGUGCCCUCACUGGGCUACCCAAUCGUUCAGGCGGUGCUGCCGAUCCUCGGGGAGCCCCUCGAUGUGUUCAAAGACUGGCUCUUCAUUGGGCUGGCGGUGGCCACGCAGGCGCACUUCGGCUACAUUUUGGCAACCUUGGGGGUGCUGGUGCUCUUCACUUCCGGCGCCUACAUGCAAGCCUUCCAUUCGAAUGACCUUCUGAAGCAGCUGUCGCCGGUGCAAGCCAUCCGGCACCGGAAAGUGAGCUUUCUGGAUGGCCAGACCUCGCCUGCCAAGCUUGCUGUGGCACUGACAGAAGACCUGCCCCAAGCAUUGCUGCAGUCCGUUUUUGUCAUCGUGUAUGGUGGCUCCACGAUGCAGUUUCUCUUCAUCGGGGUCAGCUGCAUCCGCAUCUUCGCCUGCCUUGCUCUUCGCGCAGCCGUCCUCGAAACCGCACAGCGCCAUGCGGAGGCUUGGGAGGCUCAGGCCCGCUUCCUGCAGCUGCGGCUCCGCCUCUUCCAGGCAAUCCUCGGCCCACAGCACACAUGGGCGCUGAGACUAAAACACAGUCUGGCUGAGGAAUUCAGUAGGCUGGGCAACCACCAAGAGGCCUUGCAGAUGUUCCAAGAGAUCCUGGCUGCUCGGACUGAGGUUUUGGGAGCAAGCCAUCCGGACACGCUCGUCGCACAGGGAGACAUGGCAUUCACUCUAAGCAGCCUUGGCAGACAAGAGGAGGGGCUGCAGAUGGACCAAGAGGUCCUGGCUGCUCGGACUGAGACCCUGGGAGCGCGCCACCCUCGCACGCUCACAGCCCAAGGAAACAUGGCAGUCAAUCUAAGAAGCCUGGCAAGGCAUGAGGAGGCGCUGCAGAUGAAUCGCGAGGUAUUGGCUGCUCGGAUUGCGACCCUGGGAGCACGCCACCCGCGCACGCUCACAGCUCAAGGAAACAUGGCAGUCAUUUUCGCAGAACUGGGCAGGCAUGAAGAGGCCCUACAGAUGAACCAAGAGGUCCUGGCUGCUCGGACUGAGACCCUGGGAGCGCGCCACCCGUACACCCUCACAGCGCAAACUAACAUGGCGGUCAUUUUCGCAGAACUGGGCAGGCAUGAAGAGGCCCUACAGAUGAACCAAGAGGUCCUGCGUGCUCGGACUGAGACCCUGGGAGCGCGCCACCCCUACACGCUCACAACACAAACCAACAUGGCAGUCAUUUUCGCAGAACUGGGCAGGCAUGAGGAGGCACUGCAAAUGGAACAAGAAAUCCUGGUUGCUCGGACUGAAGUCUUAGGAGCACGCCACCCGGACACGGUUCUAACACAAGGAUACAUGGCAGAGUGCUUGCAUGAAUUAGGUAGGACCGAAGAGGCAAUACAAGUUUGCCAGCACGUCCUGAAUGCCCAAGUAGAAGUGCUGGGCCCCGGCCAUCUCCAGACGCAGCGCAGCCAAAGCAGACUGGCUCAUCUUGUGGAACGUCGAGAGGGCUUCGAGCCAGCAACCCUCCUGAACCGACAUCGCCGAGCGGAUAGUCCAGGAAGGGGCGCCGAGAAGAAGAGCACAGGCCAGUGA